AUGACGUGGGAGGUAAUAGUGACGAAGGAGCACAGCAAGUACAGACGGGACCUGGGCAUAUCGGAUCGCAUGGAAGCCCACAUACAAAGGGUAGUGAUCCAAGAAACACAUAAAAUAGUGAUGAGGGAUAUGAAGCCGAAAGAAGACUACGAUUCCGUCGAAGACCCUCAAGCCCAAACUGGAUGGACGCCCGCAUGGAUGGCACCAGUGACGUCCGGCAAUGGACCGGCGUGGAUCCCGCAACCGGUUUCAGCGUGA